CUCCCUCCCUCCCUCCCUCCAUCCUUACAAAGCAGGCCCCCUCCAGUGCUGCCGGUCUCCACUUGCUUCUCAUCCUCACUCACUCGUGUCCUGCGCUCUUCGAAAAUCUCAUCCUUUCGAGCUCACAAAUACUUGUCGCAUUCGUACCCUCGAGGAGGAUAAAGAAAGAUUCCGCCCUAUCGGCUAUCGUGAUCAGCGCCGCGUCGGUCCCAGCCAUCGAGAGACUGCGGGGUCCCGUCACGCCCGACAGCAGUGUGAGUGCACAGCCUUGAUUCCCAACAACUCGGCCUCGGAACUCUCAUAGCCUUGCGCAAAAUCAAGACUUCUUGAAGCCUCGCCAAGAUGAGCGUUUACUACGACGAAGACGAUGAGCUCGAUAUCCGAGUGCGUCGUGGACGUUCCCCCGCACCCGUCGUCUACCCCGAGCAUCGCUACAGGCCUGCCCCUCGUCCUUACUAUGAGGCCGGUGCGAGCAGCUACCUGGGGCCUGCUGCGAGUGGUGUCGGUGUGCAUCGAUCCAGAUCCCAUGGCCGUCGAUCCCCUCCUUCUCCUUCUCCUCAACCGCCACCAGUCAUCAUCAACAAUACGAGAAUCUAUAAUGACUAUGAGGAUGAUGACUACCUUGCGCUCGCACCGCGCCCAAACCGCGACCGAUCGAGCUCCCGACACCGCCCAUCUUCGUUCGUGAGUCGAGACUCGAGGGAUGACUAUGAGCUCGACAGAACUCGACGAGAGCUAGAGGCGUCCCAGCGAGCUCAUACCCGCGAGGAGUUUGAGUUGGAGCGACAACGCAGGGAGCUUGAGGCGUACCAGCGAGCUCAUACCCGCGAGGAGUUUGAGUUGGAGCGACAACGCAGGGAGAUUGAGGCGUACAGAAUUAAGGAGGUGAGAUCCCGAGAGGAGCACGAGCUGGAGAAGGCUCGGAAGGAACUUGAGAAAUAUAAGAUCCACUCCUCGAAAGAGGAUUAUGAACUGGAGAGGACUAAGAAGGAGUUGGAGGCCUACAAGCUCGAGAAGGAACGCGAGGCGGAGGAGAAGCGUAUCAAGAAGGAGAUGGAGCUGAAGAGGCUGGUUGAAGAGAAGAAAGCCGACGACGAAAAGGAACGCCUGAAGAAAGAAUCCGAGAAGGCGAUCGCUAAGUAUAAGCAAGAGGAAGCCGAGAAAGCGGCGAAGGAGAAGAAAGAGAAGGAAGAGAGGGAGAAGGAGUACGCACACCGUCUCGAGGAUGAUCUGCGCAAAUCUGGUAUGAGCGAACAGCAAAUUUCUGUUGUGCUUAAGAAGGACAAGGGAGUCGAUCCAAACCGUCCCACGUAUACCAGAAUGUCCCGCAAGCAUCUUUCCAUCGAAACUCUGAACAGAUACAGGAUCGAUUAUGAAUGGGACCAGGAUCCCGACUAUGUCCUGAUCAAACGAUGGGUUCCAGAGUACGAGCAAGAUUUCCUGUGGGCCCACACGAAACAAAUCAGAGAGCGCCGACGGCCUGUUAUGUUGGCUAUUGAGGACGGCCAUAAGCACCACCACCAUUCCGAGGAGUCCGAAUUUGCGAUAGUGCGCAAGAAGAAGCAUGAGAGAAGACCAUCUCCAUCUCCGUUGUUGACCUUCUUGGCUGGGGGAAAGCGAUAAACGAUAUAAAAUAUUGAUGAAAUUUGAAACAUUGGAGGAGUCUUGAAUUUAGCUGGAGUUUUGCUUUGGGGACCUACAUCUCGCAUGUCAUUUAACGACCUUCAAAUACCCACUCAAUAUAAAAUAUGAUGGCCAACGAC